UGAGUGGAAUUGGAGAUGAAACGUCCGUCGACAAAACCCUUGAACUACCCUCCGCAGCAACGGACGCAGCAGCUACUGAAAUCAGUCGCUGAUUUCUGUGAAGUUUGUCAAUGUGGUGCGAUUUGAGAUGCGCCGGGUGUGUGAAGGGAUUUCGGGCUUGGGUUUUGGUGGGGAAGGCGUGUAUGUCUCAGAAUUUGGAGCUAGCUGAUAUGAGUUCUAUUUGAGGGAGUGCGGGAGGGAUUGUUGUUUUUGGAGGUGGAGUGCGAUGGAUCUGUCGGAGAAGGAGAGGGUUGAGAAAGCCGCGUUGCGCAAGCGGAGGCAGCAGGGCGUGGCAGCUGGGACGUCCAGGUUUGCGGAGCUGGAGCAGGCGGUGCAAGAGAUUCGGCUUAAUACUCUACUAGUGCUGAAGACUCCCUAUUAUCGAAAUUGCAAAGCUGCACGGAACAUACGGAGAGUAGGCAUGCGAGUAAUACGAGAAUUGUGCAAGCAAAUGCGAUCGGAGACUGUUACGAUUGGGAAAGAGCGGAAAGAGAAAGGGGAUGGUAGUGCAGCGAAGCGCAGAAAGAUUGGGGGAGCAGCGGAACCAGCUGGGAAUCCUAGCGUAGUUAGUGGAUCUGCAAGCGCUGAUCCAGUGGUUGGAGGAUCUCCUGCGGGCGUGAAUUUCGUUCUAUUGUCACAGAACAAUGCGCCCGUUAUAACAGAGCUGAGUGAUUCCCCUUAAAAUUCCAAAAUGCGUUGUGGGAGAAAGGUUCAUCACGCCAAUGGAGGUGGGACGCAGGUUAAGCAUCUCUUCAUGUGAGGAUGCUAUCUUUAAGGAGACUUCAAACCCUAAACCAUCAGCUUUAGCUCCUCAUGAACUUUAUGAACGUGCGGGUUCUGUCGGGGCAAGUUGAUCAUUUUCGGUGAUGCUUUAUGUUCGGAGCAUUAAAGGGGCACAGUGUUGGGAGGACUUCUCGAUAACUGGUGGUUCAAAUAUAGAAGAUUUGGUUUCUUAGAAUUUUUUAUUUGAACUUGUACGACAAACUAAUUGUGAGUAUUUUUCUGGUUGUAAGGUAAUAUUCUACAAUGAAACAUGGCUCCUAACGAGGUCAUUGCCAUUCUUGCGAAAGAA